UUAACAUAAAAAGACAUCUCUGUAAUUUUGUUUCCAGCCCCAUCUGUUUUGAUAUGAUUGAAGAAGCCUACAUGACAAAAUGUGGACACAGCUUCUGCUAUAAAUGUAUUCAUCAGAGCUUGGAAGACAAUAACAGAUGUCCCAAAUGUAACUAUGUUGUGGACAACAUAGAUCAUCUUUACCCCAACUUCUUAGUCAAUGAACUUAUUCUUAAACAGAAGCAAAGAUCUGAGGAGAAAAGAUUCAAACUGGACCAUUCAGUGAGUAGCACCAAUGGCCAUAGAUGGCAGAUUAUUCAAGACUUGCUGGGAACUGAUCAAGACAAUCUUGACUUGGCCAAUGUCAACCUGAUGCUGGAGCUGUUGGUGCAAAAGAAGAAGCAGUUGGAAGCAGAGUCCCAUGCUGCGCAAUUGCAGAUCCUUAUGGAAUUUCUCAAAGUUGCCAGGAGAAAUAAACGAGAGCAAUUGGAGCAGAUCCAGAAGGAGCUAAGUGUGCUGGAAGAGGAUAUUAAGCGAGUAGAGGAAAUGAGUGGCUUGUACUCCCCAGUCAGUGAGGAUAGUACGGUGCCCCAGUUUGAAGCUCCCUCACCUUCACACAGUAGCAUUAUUGAUUCCACGGAGUAUAGCCAGCCUCCAGGCUUCAGUGGCAGUUCUCAGACCAAAAAACAACCAUGGUAUAAUAGCACGCUAGCCUCAAGACGGAAGAGGCUCACAGCUCAUUUUGAGGACCUAGAGCAGUGCUAUUUUUCCACAAGGAUGACACGUGUCUCAGAUGACAGCAGAACCACAAGCCAACUGGAUGAAUUUCAGGAGUGUCUAUCCAAGUUCACACGCUACAACUCUGUCCGACCCCUGGCAACGCUGUCUUACGCUAGUGACCUCUACAAUGGUUCCAGCAUAGUGUCCAGUAUUGAGUUCGACCGAGACUGUGACUACUUUGCCAUUGCUGGGGUGACAAAGAAGAUUAAAGUCUAUGAGUAUGGUACAGUCAUUCAGGAUGCGGUGGAUAUUCACUACCCUGAGAAUGAAAUGACCUGUAAUUCCAAAAUCAGCUGUAUCAGCUGGAGUAGUUACCACAAGAACCUGUUAGCCAGCAGUGACUACGAAGGCACCGUCAUCCUGUGGGAUGGGUUCACGGGACAAAGAUCCAAAGUCUACCAGGAGCAUGAGAAAAGGUGCUGGAGCGUUGACUUUAAUUUGAUGGACCCUAAGCUAUUGGCUUCAGGCUCUGACGAUGCAAAAGUGAAGCUGUGGUCUACGAACUUGGACAAUUCAGUAGCAAGCAUCGAGGCCAAGGCUAAUGUGUGUUGUGUCAAAUUCAGCCCUUCUUCUAGGUAUCACCUAGCUUUUGGCUGUGCAGAUCACUGUGUUCACUACUAUGAUCUUCGCAACACUAAGCAGCCAAUCAUGGUGUUCAAAGGGCAUCGCAAGGCAGUCUCCUACGCGAAAUUUGUGAGUGGGGAAGAAAUUGUCUCUGCGUCAACAGACAGUCAGCUGAAGCUGUGGAACGUAGGGAAGCCUCACUGCUUGCGCUCCUUCAAGGGUCACAUCAACGAGAAAAACUUCGUAGGGCUGGCAUCCAAUGGAGACUACAUUGCCUGUGGAAGCGAAAAUAAUUCCCUUUACCUAUACUAUAAGGGCCUCUCAAAGACACUGCUAACAUUCAAGUUUGAUACAGUCAAAAGUGUCCUGGACAAGGACCGGAAAGAAGAUGACACCAAUGAGUUUGUGAGUGCUGUCUGCUGGAGGGCACUACCAGAUGGGGAGUCCAAUGUGCUGAUUGCUGCUAACAGUCAGGGUACAAUUAAGGUACUGGAGCUGGUAUGAAGGGUUUUCUCUCAAGGCAUGAGGUACUUGGUCCUGCUGAUAUGCUACAGCGUUCGUCUGGGAUCCUCAGUGGGACAAGAAACCGAAACCACCUUGAUGUUCCUCCCCAAAACCGUCAUGUUUGGGUUUUUUCCAUUUAUGGACAUUCUAGGACAUUUGAGACACUGGGAACACCAGUGAACUGUCUGCCAUCAACAUUAACUCCACAGACUUUGCUGCUGCUGGUGGUGAUGCAUUAAAGGUGUCAGCCAGGUUGACACCUUUGGAGACUGAAGUCCUCUGGUUAUGAAGAAGAGAAGGGCAGCUUCCCCUUCCUUCUGUCCUUAUGCAUCUGCCUCAACCUGAAGGGGCUGCUCCUAAGGAGAGGAGUAAUCUGUCCUUUUGUCCACCUGAGCCUAGGCCUCUGCUGCCUGCCAACAGAAGUGUGUUGAGAUGAAGUGAACUGCGGUUGCCUGGGACCUGGACUGACCUCACCAAAAUGUCAUGGGAUAAUGACCUCAUCACCACUGAUCUGGCUGUGUUUGCCUAUCUCAGCUAGAGGAGAAAGUUUGUAGAUCCACUUACCAAAGCCCUGCACCACUUAACCUCCUACGUGGUCUAAUUACGUUUGCCCCUCUCUGCAAAUCAUCUGUGGAAGCCGAGCAUUUCGAACGUUGUAAUAAGAGGGGGAAUGGAAUUGGUUUGUAAUGUGUUUCAGAGCCAUGAUAUAAGUAGCCUUAUUUUUAAUGGUCAUGCAUACACUUAAUUGUACAUAUGGAGGGGGAAUAAACCAUGAUGCUAAGA